CAAUUCAAUGGCUAAUUUCAUCAAACUUUUCUUUUUAUUCUUCUUCUUCCAACAAUUAAUUUUCUCCAAUGGACAAAAUAAUGUUGUUAAAGGAGGGUAUUGGUUUAGGGAUAGUGGAUUAUCCUUAAACAACAUUGAUUCAACUCUUUUCACACAUUUAUUUUGUGCGUUCGCAAACCUUAACCCUCAAUCGAAUCAAUUAGUCAUAUCGCCAGAAGAUCAAGAUUCGUUCAGACAAUUUACGAGCACAGUUAUGAGAAAGAAUCCGUCAGUUAAAACUUUGUUGUCCAUAGGGGGAGGGAGAGCUAAUAGAACAGCUUAUGGAAUCAUGGCAAGAACAACAAAUUCAAGAAAAAGUUUUAUUGAUUCAUCAAUAAAAUUGGCUAGACAAUUGGGAUUUCAUGGACUUGAUCUUGAUUGGGAAUAUCCUGAAUCAACUAUAGACAUGACAAAUUUAGGUAUUCUUUUAGACGAUUUUCGUGCUGCCAUCAACACAGAGGCAAGAAAUUCCGGUGGUACAUCACUAUUUCUCACAUCGGCUGUUUCCAACACACCCCGAGUCAAUGGUUUGAACUAUCCAGUUCAAUCAGUGGCUCGAAACUUAGAUUGGCUCAAUGUCAUGUCAUAUGACUUCUACGGACCAAACUGGUCACCAUCACAAACCAAUUCACAUGCACAAUUAUUUGACCCCGUGAGCCACGUGAGCGGUAGUGAUGGGACUGCUUCAUGGAUUCAAGCCGGUGUUUCUGCACAAAAAUUAGUUCUCGGAAUUCCAUUUUAUGGCUAUGCUUGGCAAUUGGUCAAUGCGAAUAAUCAUGGACUUAGGGCUCCGGCAAAUGGUAAAUCAAAUGUUGGUUCGAUCGAUGACGGAUCGAUGACUUAUAAUCAAAUCAAGAAUUAUAUAGUGCAAAAUCGCGCCACAACGGUGUAUAAUGCAACGAUUGUUGGAGAUUAUUGUUAUUCUGGUAAUACUUGGAUUAGUUAUGACGAUACUCAAAGUGUUAGAAAUAAGGUUGCUUACGUUAAAGGUAGAAGAUUGCGUGGUUAUUUUGCGUGGCACGUGGCAGCAGACCAAAAUUGGCUACUUUCUAAAACAGCUUCACAAACAUGGGGAGCAUCACCUCAAGCUGUGAAAUGAUGGAAUAAUGUCUAUUUGUGUGUUUAAUUUGUCACGUAGUAUUUCUUAUAAUAAAGUGACAAAUAUGUGAACCAUGACAUAUAAAAUAAAUAAAAAUCCAUGUACCAUAUUGGAUGUUUUAGUUUAUUACACUUAAAAGUGAAAUCAUAAAGUAAAAAAAUAUUAUUAAUUAA